AUGGGUAGAGGAAAGAAACUUCAACCAAGAUUUGUAGGACCUUACACGAUACUCCAACGAGUUGGGAAAGUUGCAUACCGGCUUGAGUUACCGCUGAGUUUGUCCCGAAUACACGAUGUCUUCCAUGUGUCAAUGCUCAAGAAAUAUUACCCUAACCCGACACAUAUUGUACAACCAGAGGAGAUUGAGAUAGACGAAGCCCAUACCUACGAUGAGAGACCUGUACGUGUGCUAGAUCGAAAAGUGAAGGAGCUGAGGAGUAAACAAAUUCCUUUGGUGAAAAUCCUGUGGAAGAACCAUGGAGUCGAAGAGGCGACUUGGGAGAUGGAAGACGAUAUGAAAAAAAAAUACCCUGAGCUAUUUAACAAUUCAGAUCAUCACAGUACUGUUACACUUGGCUUUCAUCUACAAGCCCAGAGCAAUCUAGAAAUGGAAGCUAAUCCGAUGGCUGAGAGGGGAACGGAGACUUGA